CAGCUUUUAAUCCAAGAACUUUCAGAUUUCUUUAAUAAAAUGUUUGUGUUCUUGUUUUCAGUUCUAGUUCUGCUGGCUAGUGGGGCUCUAGGACAAACAAGUUUGAAGGAUGGAUCAUAUGUUCCCGACAAUACAGGUGAAUACGUGCAUAACCCCGCCUGGGACCUUACUCCAUUCCAACUUUGGAAACAGCGUAAAGAACUCAAAACACAGAGCGUGGAUGAUGUAGCGUUGAAUCUAGUUUCUUCUGAUGCCCCCUCCCUAUCCCUGGUUACAAAUCAAAGACGACCUGUCCCGGCUGUUGUACAAAGACCUGCAGUACAACAGAGAUUUGCUAACUUUCAGCCGAACAAUCUGCCUGCUCUACAUCAGACAGUACAACCAGCUGUACAACAUUUUAACCCGCAACCUGUACAACAGUUUAAUGUAAAAAGUUUACCAGAAGCUAAAUCUCAAAUGACUGCCGCUGAUUUUAUAGCUGCAGCUACGCGGCAUCCAGACCCAAACUUCGCGUCAAGAUCAUAUUCAUACUCAGCACCCAAAUAUGCAGCGCAGGUUCAAGGAAGUUCCUACAGUUAUGAGGCACAUUUCUAAGCUUUUAUAUGUAAAAAUAAUUUGUGAUUUUUGAAAAACUCGAAGUAAUGUUAAAUAUAAAAUAAAAAUUACACUUC